AUGGGAUCAGGUAGCGACAGUGCGCGGUUGUUACUGAAACAAAGUUAGUGUUAUAAAUGCUGAACGGCCUCGUAGUUGAUGUAGUUGAAGUGGCUGCAGAAACGCGCGGCUGUCUGUGUCGGCUAUAUGCAAAGGUUUAUGCUAACGCUGCCUGACAGUUCAAGCUAACUGUUAAUAUUUUAAUUUUAAAUUCUAAGCACUGUUCACUUACAGCAGCAGACCGCCGUGUUAGCUUGUUAGCAUCUUUACGAUGUGCCAGGUGGAUGAAGACUACCAUGAUCAGCUGGAGCGCGUGGAGGUGCCCAGUGUUUCCAAGAAAUGUGUCAAAUGCAAAGAGGGGACAGCCGCUGUGGUCAUCAGAGCAGGAGACACAUACUGCAGGGUGUGUUUCAAGGAAUACUUCAUCCAUAAGUUCAGAGCCAUGCUGGGUAAAAACAGGGUGAUUUUCCCUGGAGAGAAGGUGCUGCUGGCUGUGUCUGGAGGGCCGUCUUCCUGCUCCAUGCUCAGUCAAGUUCAAGAGGGCUUGAGUCAAAACGCUCACAAGAAGCUGAGAUUCUCACCUGGUAUUGUCUACAUUGACGAGGGCGGAGCUGUAGGUCAGUCUGUGGAGGAGAGGCAGAGGACGGCGACUGAGCUGCAGGCCGUGUUUAGAACUACCGGCUUCCCGUUUCAUAUGGUGCCUCUGGAACAGGUGCUGCACCUGCCCAGCUCGGUGGUGCUGAUGGCCCCGUCAGCCUCAGAGCGCCCAGCCAGCGCCUACAAAGCAGCUGUGGAUCACUUCAUUCAGAGCGACAGCACGAGCUGCUCCACAACACAGGAACAGGGGGAAACAUCACUUUCUGUCGUUCAGGAGUCCCACACACGCUCCCUGCAGCAGCUGAUUGGCUCGGCUACGACACUGACGGCCAGAGAGGACCUGCUCAACACGCUGAGGCAGCACCUGCUGGUGCACACGGCUCGCACCGAAGGCUACUGCAAGCUGAUGCUGGGAGACAACUGCACCAGACUGGCUGUCAAACUGCUCACCAGUAUCUCACUGGGCAGAGGAGCUCAGCUGGCUCAGGACACGGGUUUCUCAGACUCCAGGUAUGGUGACAUCAUAUUAGUGCGUCCAAUGAGGGACUACUCAGCUAAAGAGAUCGCUUACUACAACCGUCUGUUCAGCGUGCCCUCUGUGUUCACCCCAAGUCUCGACACGAAGACAACAGAAAAGGCCAGCAUCCAGCGUCUGACAGAGAGCUUUGUCACCAAACUGCAGGCAGACUUCCCCUCUACUGUCAGCACUAUCUACAGGACCAGUGAGAAGCUGCAGACGGCCUGUAAGAGCUCCACAGCUGAACACUGUGACAGGUGUCUGCUGUGUAUGUGCAACCUGGAUACUGCUGUGGAGAAUGCCUCAGCCUUCAAGGCGACACUGAUCUCAGAGCAGCUCUCUCAGACCAAAUCUCCAGGAGCUUCUACUGCUGAGAGCCAAAGACAAACCCCAGCCCCGGUGCAGCCAGAAUCAGUUGCUCCCUCUGGACAGUGCUGCUCCUCUGGUGGAGGAGAGGACUGUGGGAAAGCAUGGAGUGGUGGUGGCUGCUGUUCGUCUGCCAGAGCAUCAGAGACGAGCCAUCUGAAGAGCCUGCUGUGUUACAGCUGCCAGCUGACCAUCAAAGACAUGUCGUCAGUGGAACGUCUGCCUCAGUACAUCCUGUCGGAGGCUCAGAGGAGGCACAGGAGGUCUCAGAUGAGAGAGGAGAUCAGUGAGUUUCUGCUAGAUGGUGAUGAUGGUGAUGAAGGCGAUUAGAGGGAGAAGUGGAGCUGAAUGUUCACCUCCAGCUGUCCACUCUGAAAAAGUGUGCAGCAGAAUAACACUCAUUUCAGCCUGUCAUUAGUAUGUGUCAGUCCUCUGCUGGACUGUCACAUACUAAUGACGUACAGAAUUUUCACUAAACCGGCCAUCCAUCAUCUAUGACUUGUUAACCUGUGUAGGCUGCGUUUUUUAAAAUGAAUGUACACUCUCAUACACACUGUGUGGAUUCAGACCCAGCACACGGACCAAACACACGUGCUGUCAGAAGUGGAACAUAAUAAAGUAUCUAUUUUUACUGCUA